AAUCAAUUCAGGCUGGAGGCCUAGGCCCUACUUAUUCAUCCGUGUUGUAACUAGCUGGCGCGAAAGUUCCAUGACCGCAUGAGAAGAGAUGUUUUUGGAACUGUGUAGGCUGCUGUACUUCAAUAUCUUGUGACUUGACAAGAGGUCUGGAAAUGGACCAUUGACUCAUUGACCACAUUUUCAUCUGUUGUGUCGGAUUAUUUGAAUUUGAUGGGGGUAGACAGCGCGCUGCUGGAGGUGGUAGCUAGAUUCUAUAGGUCUUGCUUCACGUGUGUGUGUGUGUGCAUUACUGUGCUUGUAUGUGUGUGUGGGUUUCAAUUCUGAGAUUUGCGUAUCUAGGAAAAGACAACGUUCAUGUUUAGCGGAUUGUAAAUAGGCCUUCUUUCUGAUUCUCGAAGCAUCUUCCAUUAUCCGACUGUGAGAAGGCGUGAUAUUUUCAUCAUAGUGAGAGAGAAGGUUUUCUGCAGUUCGUUGCCGUGGACCACAUAUAGAGUGCGUACCCCAGCUCUAGUGAACUUGGGUCAACCACCAUGGGAGAUUCAGAAGUCCCUCAGAAGAAGCUGGAGGUGAGAGUCGCCACCGUGGACGACUAUGAAAGCGUCCUUGACAUUAACCGAAAUGUCUACGGCGGGGCCGAUUACAUCGUCACCGAUUACCAUGACCUCGUGAUCGAUCCUGACUUUCGGUACUAUGUCUGCACGGUGGACGGAGAAGUGGGUGGCUUCGAAGGUGUUUGUAUACUGGACGAUGGAGACACACUCAUGACCCGCUCAGCCAGGGUCAAGGACAAGUUCCAAGGUCUGGGCAUCCUCCGCCUCAUCAGGAAACAGAUCUACCAGGACUUUCAGUCGAAGCCCGGGAAAAAACGCAUCCGCACCUGCUGCACGAAUCUGGUCCGUCUUGUGCACAGUGAGAGGUUCCGCAAGGCAAACAGGACACUGGCUGUACGGAACAUAUUUACCGUGGACUCCAUGCACGAAAUGCCCGCGGGAGCCCUGAGCCCUACAGAAGACGCAGCCAUUGUAUCUGAAGUGACCUUGACCCACUUCUCCGACCUCCUCGACGACAAACAGCUGAUGAACUUCCUCUUCCCAGAAGGCUUCUUCACCUGCAUCUCCUGGUUCUACGACACUCGCCGCAGCAACGUGAGGCACCUCGCCAAGAUAUCGCCCUACAUCGUAGCCUCUAACAAGCUUCUUGAGUUCUCGAAGAGAAGAACAAAACCAGAACGUCAGCAGGGGGAAAUGGAUAACAACACUGGCUCGAAAAAUGACGCUCAGGAUGAGGAGAUUGAUAGUGGACUUAUUGGUAUCAUGGCUGGUUAUGGCUCGCCUGCGAUGUUUCUUGUCUCGAUUGAUAUUUCAGGGCAACCUACUGCUGGGGAGGAGAAAAAAGAAAUUGAGCAGAUGAUACGGGCUUUUAUUCGACAAAUUAAAGUACAGUACGAUCAGGGAGGAUUUGAUCCCAAAAUCCCCUUCGCGUUCGGAGCCUUCUUGCAGGAUCGUAUAGAUUCCAAACCCUUUGAGGAAGUGCUUACAGACUUAGGGUUUACGAGGGACCACGAGUUUAGUAAACAGUUCAAGGGUUCCUACAUGUUUGAGCAAAGUUUUGAACAGCUGCUAGACUGAUGCUCAAUCAUAGAAUGAUGGCUGCGCAUAUAAUGUUUUAUACUUUUCACUGCUGUUUUUUGGAGGCUUGUAUAUGUACAAUUCGCUGUGGGUAAAAAUGGUGUGUCUGAAUACUUCGCUACUUUCCACAUUAAUUAGAAUCUUAAAAUGAUUGCUAAAAUUUAUGCUGUCUUGUUAAUAAGAUCAUUCAUUCAUCAUCAUCAUCAUCAUCAUCAUCAUCAUCAUCAUCAUCAUCAUCAUCAUCGUCAUAAUCAUUGUUUAAAAAGCAGAGUAAGUAGGGAGGGUCUUGAUUGAUUUUCAG